AUGAAAAAAUUAACUUUAUAUUUAAAAAUUACUACAUUCCUUCUUUUAAUUUUGAUGUAUCAAUGUUUUUAUAACUGUGAUUCCUAUAAAACUUUUAUUUAUAAAAAUAUAUUGAAAACAAAAAGUAAGUUGAAAUAUGAAAGAGUAUUAACAGAGGGUGACAUACCAGGAAAAAAGCAAACUUACGGUGAUGUAUGCUCAGAAGAACGUCCAUUAGGUAAUGAAAAAAACAAAUGUAAAAAUCCGAAUAUAUACAAAAAUCCUUACGAUCAUUGGCAAAGAGUCCUUAGUCCAUUCUUAUGGGAGCAAUUUAAUCAAGAAACAAGUGGAAUGGACCCUAAAUUAAAUGAAAAAAAAUGGAAUGUUGAAUGGAAGGAAAUUUCAUCAAAACAAGUUAAUGAUCUAUCUUCAAUACCACGUCGACAUGAUAUUUCAGAAGAAGAAAAAAGAAAAUUAAUUGAUAAUGCCACGAAAAAACUUCUCUCAGAUUUUUUAAAAUUUUUACGUAAAUAUAAGGAUGAGAUGAAAGACAAUAAAGCAGAAUCUGAAUCUAAGAAAGAGAUCAGAUACAAUGAAACCGAAUCCGAACCUAAGAAAGAGAUUAGAUACAAUAAAACAGAAUCCGAAUGUAAAAAAGAGAUGAGAUACAAUAAAACAGAAUCCGAAUGUAAGAAAGAGAUGAGAGACAAUANNNACAAUAAAACAGAAUUUGAAUCUAAGAAAGAGAUGAGAGACAAUAUAACUGAAUCCGAACCUAAGAAAGAGAUGAAAGACAAUAAAACAGAAUCCGAAUCUAAGAAAGAGAUGAAAGACAAUAAAACAGAAUCCGAAUCUAAGAAAGAGAUGAAAGACAAUAAAACAGAAUCCGAAUCUAAGAAAGAGAUGAAAGACAAUAAAACAGAAUCCGAAUCUAAGAAAGAGAUGAAAGACAAUAAAACAGAAUCCGAAUCUAAGAAAGAGAUGAAAGACAAUAAAACAGAAUCCGAAUCUAAGAAAGAGAUGAAAGACAAUAAAACAGAAUCCGAAUCUAAGAAAGAGAUGAAAGACAAUAAAACAGAAUCCGAAUCUAAGAAAGAGAUGAAAGACAAUAAAACAGAAUCCGAAUCUAAGAAAGAGAUGAAAGACAAUAAAACAGAAUUAAAAUCUAAGAUGGAGCUGGGAAUAAAUAAAAUAAAAAGUAAUAACUUAAAAAUUUUGAAAUCGCUUACUAAUAAGUUAGAUAACCUUAACGAGAAUAAAAAUUAA